GUGUCCUUUAUCAAGCUUCUAAAGUGCUUGAUGGAUGGAUGUUCGGGCGCACGGGGAAGCAGGCAGGCUGACUGACUGUCUUAUGUAGCAAAAAACGUGUGUGUUUGUAGUGCGUAUUCGAAACUUGCGCUAAAUCUUUGCAUGGGCUGGCUCAAUGUUGCGCUGUUUCCUGCUCACUGCGCUACUUCUAGUCAUGCCGGCUUCGACGAUUCAGUCGGCAGGGUUCGGAAGCAAUGACCCUCAGCUGCCGGACUGUUCAGUCGUUCUGAACUCUGCCGUUAGUCACGACGUUGCCUCCGAUCUGGUUUUACUCUCAACGCUUGAUGGAAAAGUUACCGCUGUCGAUUCCUUGGGGGGUGGCAUCAUCUGGCAGUUCGAGUCAGGGCCCGCACUCCUUUCCUCGUCCCCGAAGACCCUAUUCCUGGAAAACAGUCGCGGCGAAACAGCUACGUGCAUUCCUUCACUCGAUGGAUCUCUCUAUGUUUUCGACGGCAAGAACAUACAGCUGUUUGUGACUGCAGAAUUGCUUUUGAGGAAUAGUCUCAAGACCGGCCAGUCAGUCCUCACCGGAGGAACAGAGAUCAAAACCUUCGGAUUGGAUCCGCGCACGGGACAGGUUCGAUAUAUCUGUUCCACGGACGGAGGAUGUUUGAACUUGACGGACAGUGACGGGAAAGUUGGGACGCCCGGAGAUGCCGACGAUGUCGUCGUCAUAAGACGGCACAGUCAAACCGUACGAGCAAUCGAACCGCGAUCCGGCACGGAGAGAUGGCAUUUCUCCGUCGCGGAGAACGAGGUCCAAUACGUGCCUGAGACUUCCACCUGCGGGCGCAAGGCAUCCCAUGAGUCGCAUCAUUCGAGGAAAGGCGAAACGGUUCGUAUACUUGCGAGUAAAGGUCUUGUUACGAGCUCUAAACGGAACAGCAAUGACAUCAAUUGGGAAAUCCGACUGAGCGCUCCCGUCGUUGGAGCUUGGAAGCUCGAGAACUCUCGUCUGCAGCAGAUCGAUCUUUUCGAGCCGGCGAAUAUCAUUGGCAUGGACGAGAACGGACCAAAACCAUUCCUCCACCUCGGGGUCUACCAACAGCAGCUUUACAUGCAUCAGAACCAGAAAGGAGGCGGUGAGAGUCCGCCGUCAAUCGACACAUACGUUCGGCUCAUGUUGGAACAUAGCAUGAGUCAAAAGUCUCAGAACGCCCUCACCCCCGUAUCGGAGGGCGCUUCCACUGAUCUCAUCCCGCAGAUGUUACAGACGUUGAGCGACAAUGAAGAGUUCGACACGGGAAUCUACUUCGUCCAGGACGAAGUCGAUGAUGGAUGUACGCCUCAGCUUUUACCGCCUUCCCCGGCUCCCUCGCAGAAGAUCGAAGGCAUUGACUCGUCAACCCUCGAGAAUAUUUCAGGGGGCGAGCUGAAACUGGAGGGAAACUCCGAGGAGGUCAAUAUCAUCUACGGUGUCUACUCGAUGUGGCAUUAUUGGAAGGAAAUUUGUGUCCUUUGCGUGGUUGUCUCUGUUGCAACCAACUUGUUCCUGUCAAAGCUUCUCAUGCGAUUUGGAAUAAAAUUACCGGCGGCGCUCCUACCGAGAGCACCGAGCACUACUCAAAUAUCUGAUGCUACCGGUACCACGACCUUGACGAAUUCAUCGAAGACAUUCACUGGCGGCGCGGAUGAGACGCAGAUACAAAAAGCAGAUGCGGUCACACCGGAUUCGCACAACCAAGGAAACUACGUAUCGAGGUUUGCCACUGACUUCGAGCCGGUACGCUGCCUCGGGAAAGGUGGAUUCGGAAUCGUCUUCGAAAGUCGAAACCGAAUCGAUGACUGUUCCUAUGCAAUCAAACGGAUACGAUUGCCCUCCAAACAAGCUGCUCGCGAAAAAGUUCUACGAGAAGUGAAAGCCCUGGCGAAAUUAGAUCAUCCUCAUAUCGUCAGGUAUUACAACGCGUGGCUAGAAACGCCGCCUCCGGGAUGGCAAGAAACGGUUGACGAUGCUUGGAAGUCGACGCUGCCUCUGUCGUCCAGUAAUGCACUCUCGAACGACGUUGGAACUGUCGCGACGGUGGCCACGGAAUCGAUCGCGGAAACGGCAAAUCCCUUGAAAGCGGCGAGCGUCAAUCCAUUGAAACCUUUCGAUGAUCUCUUCGACGAGCGUGAGACGAACAAGAUUUCGUGUGUCACGGAAGACAUCGGGAGCUUGAGCGGGAGUUGGUAUAGCAGCGAUCGAGAGGAGGAACCUGACGACAGCGAAGGGUGCGAAUACGAUUUGUGUCGUACUCCGGCUACAUGUGAAGAUUCUAUCGUUUUCCAAUCGUCGAGCGGUGAUCACUCAAUUGUGUUUGACUCGAGACGUACAUGGUUCCAGAAAGGUCUCAAUGGCUUUCUCCGUUCCAGAACUCCCAGAGAUCUCUCUGUCCGAAGGAGACUCCCGAGAAGAAGAGGGUCGGAGUCCGGCGAUGGGAACUCCACACAACCGGCCGUGCCGAAAAGACCGUCUUGCUUGCAGCUUGAAGAAGCCCCGUCAACACAGCCUGUCUACCUUUAUAUACAGAUGCAGCUCUGUCGAAAAGAGUCUCUGAAAGAGUGGCUCUCACACCGAACCACUCUUGAUCACAGAGGGCACGACAAGAUACUCGACAUCUUCUUUCAAAUUUCUUCGGCCGUUGAGUACGUCCACGACAAAGGUCUCAUCCAUCGGGAUUUGAAACCCUCGAAUAUAUUUUUCGCCACCGCGGACGAUGUUAUCAAGGUGGGGGACUUCGGACUCGUGACGGGCACUGACAACAACCCAACUCCCGGUUUCACACCAGCUCAAGCGAAUGAGAGCCUCAUGUCAUUCGAUGGGAACUUUAACGACCUCCAGCUGACCGACAAAGUCGGUACACAGCUCUACAUGAGUCCUGAACAAAUAACUGGAAACAAGUACAACCAAAAGGUGGAUAUUUUCUCCCUAGGACUAAUAUUCUUCGAAUUGCUGUGGUCGCUACCCACCCAGAUGGAACGCGUCAACACUUUGACAGCUAUUAAGCAACUUCAUUUCCCGAGAGCGUUCAAGAAAAGUUUCCCAAUCGAAUACCAGCUCGUCCGCCAGAUGGUGGCAGCGGAUCCGACCAAUCGCCCAAGCGCACUAGAGGUCCGCAAGAAUUCUUUAUUCGAUGAGUUCCGUCAAGAGCUGCCGCCCGCCGGAAGACGACGCACACUAUCCACAAGAACGAGCGUCGGCAGCCAGGAUAGUUCGCAGUCUACAGCGCAGCACCAAAGCUGAACGAACGCCGCGGCGAAUCCAAAGAUCAAGGGUACACGGAGAACGGGAGACUCUUCGUGUUCUCUGCUUGUUGAUGAUGUCUCAAGGUCCUCGCUGAUAAUUACGGAUGUGAAGAAGUAAGGAAAGGCUCCGAUCCACCCGGGGCCAUCACGAAUGACGAUCAAUGAAUUGUUCAAGAGCUAUUCGAACCGGCAAAUCACAAGAAAAUUCCAGCUCCAUGCGUUAAUUCCGAGUACCUUUGAGAAGAAGCCAUCUAGAUAGAUGUAGGGGAAUACCCUCGCAAUGUUCAGACGCGCACAUGUAAAGAUGUUGUAUGGAUUGACUUCCGGACCCUCGAUGACGAUGAUAAUAAAGCGAAGUGUUGGGUUAGAAAUAUACAU